GUCUCUACUGCCCGGAUCUAGCUGAAUGAACUCGAACCAUUAGACCUCUGCUCCUCUAAAGGCGUGAGCCCCAGCCUGAAUCAUCUCUCCUCAGAUACUUCCCGGCUGCCUUCACGAAUCAGCCCGUAUCAUCAUGAACUCACCCACCCAUUCUCAUAGCGAACGACGGCAGAGCUUGACACAUUACAAGCCAGUUCAAAGGAUCAGCCAAGCGUGUCAGCAUUGCAGGCGAAGAAAGGCCCGAUGCACAGGCGACCGUCCGCAAUGUCAGAACUGUAGGAAACUGCGUCGAGAGUGUAUCUAUCCAGACACUGUGCGCCAUGACAAAGUCCGAGCUGACAAUGAUGAGUCGCUCGAGAAAUUGUCAUGUCGCCUGGAGGAGGUUUGCAGCCGCCUCAGCAACAUCGAAUGCCUCCUCCACGGGACCGAAUCUGCUCGAAUCAGGCCCUCAUUCGACACAAGUCCCACUGACCAGAGCAUUUUCGACCCAUGUCCUGCACAGAUUACUCUAGCAGGGCACACUACCAGAGAUAUUACACAGGCUGGGGCAGAACAUUCGGCAGGAGACUCUUCCAUAUUUGUCAACAACGACGAGGCAUUGAGUGAAGAUUUGUCGCUUGCGGGAACGAUACCAUCUACAGUCCUUCUAGAGAUAGUGGAUAUUUAUUUCGCCUGCUGCCACAAUCAGCCGUAUUCAUUGUUCCAUGAGGCCAAUUUCAGACAGCGACUCAGCCGCGGAGAUAUCCCACAACAUUUACUGUUCGCGAUCAUGGCAUCUGCAGUGCGCUUUUCGCAGAACCCAUUCUUUGGAGAUCGACACAGCAUGGCAGUGUUGUAUGCCAACCACUCCUGGAAAUCCAUUGUGUCAAGCUGUUUUUCAGCCACUCGAAUUGAGGAUAUACAAACUCUACAAUCUCUGACAUUGCUCUCCAUUUUUGACUUCUCAGCGGGGCAUGAUCGACACGCAUUGGCAUGGGUGAAGAUUGGACUAUCCGUACGCAUUGCGCAGUCCAUGAGGCUGAUGAUGGAGAACCGAACCAACAUGUCUUAUGCCGAUCAAGAAGAGCGCAGAAGAGUCUUCUGGUCUCUAUAUCUCCUGGAUAAGCUUGUCACUUGUGGUCGAGCACAGCCACCAGCCAUUCUGGACGCAUCCUGCCAGUUACAAUUGCCUUGCAGCGAGGUCGUUUGGAGGGCUGGAUCGAGGCAGAAGACUAUGAGUUUGCAACAGCUCUUUUGCAGAACGGGUCCAAAGCCCCCUCAUGGCGCAGGGCCGUUCAGCAACGUCAUUGCAAUGGCAUAUACCCUCAGUCGAACAGCGCAAUACAUGCUGCAGCAGUUUAACAUGCAGGACCAGGAACCGCCAUGGGACGCCAACUCGGAUUUCGCCGCCAUACAAUCCGAUCUCCUUUACCUCGAAAGCCGCUUGGAGAUGCAGAAAACACUAAGCGAAGUUAUGUCUCGACAUACGGCCCAUGGAGACAUCGAUCAACAAUCUGCUGGACCAGCGAUAUUCUCGCGUGCCUUGUUUCACCUCUGUUACUGUCUCCUUCACCACCCUUUUCUCCUACGUCGGCGACUGGAGUCCUGUCAAGUUCCUGCCCCGUCUAGCUUUCUUUCUCGCGCAUUCGAUGCGGCUUGGGAAAACUCGAAGCGUCUGACGCUUCUUUUGCAAGAGGCCCGGUGUUCGGGUGCCACUACAGGUGCUUCGUUUUACGGCUAUUGCACAGUCGUGGCGGGGACCAUUCUGGCUCUGCAUCGACAUCAUUGCUCAGAUACCAGGAGACUCGAGUCUGCGGAGCUUUUGAAAUGUAACAUUAGCUUUCUGGAAGAUCUCGGUCAAUUCUACCGGAAUGCUUGCUCUAUCGGACAAUCUCUGAAGCGUUUCGCCGCCGACACGUCCAUUUUUGCCUCCUUGAUAUCCGAUUCGGCACUCCCCGACGGGUUGACCACCAAGAAUUUCGAGGUUGUUUUGGAUUUGCUAGACUAUAGUACCAUGUCUGAAACUGCUCCUGUACUCGAGAGCGAGCCCGCCGAUUCCAACAUUUGGCACUAUGGUGAUGCCUGUUGGGACGAGCUCUUUGGGACUUUCGACAUGGUUGAUUUCACCACUCAGUCAAUUCAGUUCGAUGCCUCUUCUGGGGAUGGAGACGGGACUGAAUCAUCCCAACUUUCCUAUUACUUUUGAGAAAAAGGUUGUCAUACUAAAAAGUAGACCUUGAACAAAAGCAAGGUAUUUGUAUGAGUUAUCAGUGAAUGCAGUUAAAUGCAUACAGCGUGAGGUGUCGGAAGGAGACAACUCUUUGGAAGCUAAAGCGGUAUACCUGAC